AGAUCACCCUAACUUUUUUGAUGCGGACUUGCUUGCCGUUCUACCAGGUACUUUCAUUAAGAGAAAACUCCGGUCAACUCCCCCCUUGUCUCUAGAAAUACCCGUCUGUCGGCACCUAUUCGAUGCUUCUUGAUUCCUCCUUAUUUGAUCCUGCCUCCAGCUCCACUUCUGUCUAUUUCACCCGUCCCCCAAACCGAAUCGCGCUUAAAUACGCCGCCUCGAGAAAGCGCAUUCGUAUUUGCUGGUUUUCCGUGAUAUAUUUCGAAUUGGCCUCCUUUGCAUGGGCUUUGAUAUGCAAUCGGCUGUACCCGAUUUUGCUCAGGAGCUCAGGGGCGAUCGAAGUACCGGAGAUAAGAUGAGCACGAGCACGAGCAAUGCUCCACGGUCCAGACUGGCCCAGGCUUCGGCCGAUACAACACAAGUCCAGGGACGACCACAGAGGAGAUGCCGUACCAGCAAGCCGAAAGUCAAAACAGGUUGCAACAAUUGCAAACAACGACGUAUUAAAUGCGACGAGCAACGGCCGGCAUGUACUCAGUGCGUCCGGUCUAAGAGACAAUGCACUGGCUAUCCGCCUCCUCCGAGGAAUCUAGUCUCAGCGGAGAGACGGAUUGCGCCCAAAACCUAUAUUAGAGAUGUUGCUCCUAUCACGCCAGUGCACAAUGAUAUCCGCCCAAUCCGGUCCCAGCCACCACCGCGACCAACUGUAGCGGUAGCACUGGCACGACUAGAGCCUCAGAGGCAGCAACAGCAGCAGCUACAUGUAUCUCCGGGGGGCUUUACUCCCCCACAGACGCCAGUAUCUGGCUCAUUAACAGUCCAUCGGCCAUCUUUGCUUCUCUUCGACCCAACAGAAGGUUUGUACUUCCAACUCUUUAGAGAGCGUACGGCUAGCGAGCUAUCGGGGUUCUUCGAUUCGUCCUUCUGGACACGGAGUGUCCUACAAGAAUGCCAUUCAGAGAAAGCCAUCCGGCACUCAGUCGUCGCUUUAGGAGCGCUUUAUAAAACUUUGGAGAAAAUGUCGGAGUCGCCACCAAAUUCACCAGCUCCUGUAGUCGAUCUGACAGACAAUGCGGCCCGGCACUGCGAGGUCGCAUUCAAACAUUAUUCAUUGGCUUUGAAUUCGAUGUGGGUUUCGACUUCUCAGGACCAAGCCUCGCAGAGAAUGAGUCUCAUGGCAGCAGUGUUACUAGCUUGCUUUGACUCGUUCAUCGGUGAUCAUAAACAAGCAAUUGGCCAGAUUCAAAGUGGCCUCCGGUUACUUGAAAACUUACGUGCUGAGCGUAGGAACUCUUUUCUCCCUAAACCCGAAGAGCCAGUUGAGCAAGACCUUGUUCAGAUGUUUACUAGACUAGCCAUUCAAGCGAAGUCUUACGAUAUGGCUUUUCACUUCCCUCAACCGUUCGUGAUACGUCUUAGUCCACAAAACGCCCAGCACCCCAUGUCCCCUUCCUCCGACGUGGGUUCACCAUCAUUGACAAGCCAGCCACAAACACCAGAAAUAUUUCAGUCGUUACUCGAAGCGAGACUAGCGUGGGAUAAUCUAUGUGAACAGAUGAUGCGAUUUACAGAAAAUAUGUUCACAUUUACAACUGCAAUGAGCCCCAUGGGUGUACUCCCAAAUUCUCUGAGACAAUAUGGUACGGGAUUUGCCGAUAGGCUAGCCGCUUGGUCCAGGGCCUUCGAACCCAUACUGGCAUCUCGUAUAAGUCCAGCUAAGAGUAACCAAGAGAAAACGGCAAUUGCUGUUCUGAAAAUGAACCAAAUUAUGGGUGAGAUUUUAUUUUACAUGACGUUCAGCGAUACGGAGCUUCAAUUCGAUGCACACCUACCGCAGUUUAAGAAUAUCGUCAACCUAGCUGUGGAAGUCGUUGGAGACGAAGAGCGUAGGGCUGCUGCGAAGCGAUGUCCGAACCCAGAAUUUUGCCAUCACCAGCCAACUCAUCCAGACACCUUUGGCGGGCAGUACACCGCUCGACAUAUCAAACCAAGUUUCAGUGCGGAUUUGGGUAUCGUCCCCCCUCUUUUUGUCGUUGGUACGAAAUGUCGAGAUCCCGUAAUCCGACGUCAAGCUAUACAACUGCUACGAACUAGCUCGCGGAGAGAAGGCAUGUGGGAUAGCGAACUCGCAGCUCGUAUAAGCAUGUGGGUAAUGGAAAUUGAGGAGGCGGACGAUGGCAGCGAUGAAUUCGGACGCCCCAUGUCGAGCUCAACUGAUAUGAGCAGACUUUCUACGGGUAGCCCUGGUACACUAACUGCAGGAUCUCCUAGCUUUGGGGAAGAGGUCCCUCUCGGUCCCGGAGGUAACGCUCGCUGGUCAGGGCGAAGGGAAAGUGUGCCGUUCUCGCCGUAUGCGAGGAGGACUAUACCAGAGGAAAGGCGAGUUAUGGUGCGAGCUGUUGAGUUCGAUCUUUGCGAACGUGUCGCAACUAUUCAAUGUGGUACACGGGGGCUGAUCCCCGGUAUGCGGGAUCCGAGAACACAAGCCACAAGAAUCCGGUGGUGAAAAUGCACUUCGCCGCUUAAACAUUACGAUAACAUGGCAGAAUAAUUAAGAGCUAGUCUUGUGCAUACUACUUCGUUCGUCCGCCUCCUAGAGGGGUUUUACUUCGACUUGGAUUUACUGGCUGGACCAUUCUUUAAGCGCGACAAAAAGCUGGCUACAGAAGCAAAAAAAGGAAAGAGUGGAAUAAUUUUAAGAUAUCGGAAUGCCGGGAUUACAGGCGACAGGAAAAUUAUAGUUCCUCAAAUAUCCAUCUGUAUUGUUGUUAAAUCUAUGGCUCGGGCCUCAAAAAGGGGUUCCUUUUGAUUUUCAACGUGCGUUGUAUGAUACCAUAGAGAAGAAUAAUAGCGCCACCAACGUCAAGAUGUACAAACUCUAUGUUUCAUCGGGCGGUGGGCAAUAAAUACGGUUGUAUUCUUUGUUUAUGCUACGUUUAAAAUUAGAAGAUAACAAUAAUGAGUUUACAAGAAUAGUAUAACUUUGAAGAUUG